AUGUGCCACGAGAACCCUCGUCGGACCCCUCAGGCUAGCAAGCACGACCCCCGCCGCCCCUACCUCAACUACGAGUCCAACGGUGGCACCCAUAGCCCUAAUGUAGCUUCCGGCUUCGACGACCAGUCCGAGCGUAUCGCCUACUGCCACCCGCCCGCUGUCACCACUAUUCCGAGUUCGAGGGGAACAGACACCUCUGCCCAAAUCCCAGCGCCCGACUCAUCUACUCCGUAUACCUGCAAGUACUAG